AUGGCGGAAUCUGGAUUCUCACUUGUACCAGAAGACGUAGUAUUCAACAUCUUCUUCAAGCUCCAAGACGAUCCAAGAACCUGGGCUCGUCUCGCUUGCGUCUGCACCAAAUUCUCCUCGAUUGUACGAAACGUUUGCUGUAAAGCACAGUGCUACUCCGCAAUCCCCACCGUCAUCUCCGAUCUCCUCCCUUCUCCCUCCGCCACAUCCGCCUCCGCUUCAUCAUCUUCAACCGCCGCGGAUUCGUCUCUUCCUCCUCCUGGUGGUUGGGCUUCUCUUUAUAAACUCGCCGUCUGUUGUCCUGGUCUCUUCCACGCCGGAAUUCUCCUCGAAAACUCCGAUUUCGGUCUAGAACGUGAGCUUGGGCCCGAUCAAAGCUUACAUACAUCGACGGAUCCGGCUCGUAACGACGACGAAGAAGAAGUUUCGAAACCAAUCGGAUCUGGUUUAGAAACGUCUUCGUUUUGGUCACUCUACGACGAUCUAUACACUGAUACUCUCUCCGCUCCUCCCACCGAAGAUUCAGUCGACGAACAAGAAGAAGAGAUCGAAGCUAGUGGUGGUGAGAAGAUCAGACCUGGACGAGAUCUUCCGGUAAGGAAACGAAGGAAGAUUUGCCGAUCUCUAGGUUCUCAUUUAGCUUCCGGUGCUUGGAAUCUUAGCCGUGAACAAGGAAACAAGCUACUCGCGAGUAGAUUUCGUGGUGAUUGUCUAUACAUUUGUAAUUGGCCUGGAUGCAUUCACGUAGAAGAGAAACGUAACUACAUGUUGUUCAGAGGCGUUUUCAAGGAUUUCAAAAAGUCUAGAGUUUGGAGAACGAUAAACGAUGGGAAUCAUCGGAGUAAGAUUACGGGUUUGAAAUGUGCGUUUUGUUCCUGUGAUGAGACUUGGGAUUUGCAUUCGUCGUUUUGUUUGAGGAGAGUAUUUGGGUUUCAUGAUGAUGGUGAACCAGUUGUGAGAGCUUAUGUUUGUGAUAAUGGACAUGUCUCUGGCGCUUGGACUGCUUUACCUCUCUACACUUGA